CUAUCUUUACUACAUGCUAACAUACAUUGCUGGGGUUGGAGCUACUACGGUAUAUACUCACCCAAGCAAGAAGUUAGUUAGUCCAAGGAGUCGCAGAGCUGCACAAAGGGUUUGGCUUGGUUAGACGAAGGCAAAAGAGAAAGGGGGAUCAGCAACAGCCAAUUUCCUGUUACUAUAGUACAGGUAGCAUCACAUCACCCGAACCAUCCAUUCUACUACAGAUACCUCCAAGAGAGUUCAGUUCAGUCGAGUUGAGUAUAAGUAGUAAGAAUAAGAAGAAGAAAGAUGACCAAGAGAGCUCAAUUUCGACUGAGCUACAAUGUGGUGGAACAAGGCGGAGUUCGAGGUCGUCCCAAGGAAGUGGCGACACUGAAGAAACUCUAUCAUGAUUGCGCCCAAGUGAGCAAGGUUCUGAUAGUAGAAGGCAAAGCCGGAGUGGGCAAGACGGCUCUGAUUACGUCUCAACAAACGCAUUUCUUUCACGAUUCUGGCCACUUUGUAAUGGGCACCUUUGAACAGCAACGGAAAUCAGAGCCCUUUAGUGCCAUUGUCGACGUCUUGCACGAGCUGUUUGAAGAGCUGCUCAGUGAAGAGUGUUCACUCGACGACAACUCGGCCGUCAAGGCCAUUAUGGAACAAUUCGCCAAGGAAUCCAAAAAUGAUGCCGGCAUGAAAGCCGUACUCCAAAAUGCCAUUCCCAAAUUUGCCGAACUCGUGCAAGCCAAGAACGAUGAAACGCGAUUGCAACAAGAAGCCUUUGAUAUGAGUGGACACUCGUUUGGAACAACUAGUAAUGCACUCAAAAAAACCAAACGAGAUCGAAACUUGUCGGCCAACAAACAACAACCACGAACCGCUGCGGGUGGCUACAAAAAACGAGGAUGGAACUUUGAAAAACUCAAAAUAUCACUCCGGUUGCUUCUCAGAUGCAUUUGUUCCCCCAAACGACGCGUCGUCAUUUUCUUGGAUGAUUUGCAUUACGCCGAUCCUUCCAGUCUCGAAUUGAUUGAAUUCUUGGCAUCUGGCGAUGGACUCUCUCCCGUACCCAAUAGCGACGAUGCCGAAGAUCACGACAAGGUCGUACAGGGCCUGCUACUGAUACUGGCAUAUCGCAACGUUAGUUCCAAACCCGGCUCCAAAGAAGGCGCUAUUACCAUUGGACAUCCCUUUCGAACCCGGCUCAAAGAGCUCAAACAAAUGAAAUGCCCCAUUCAUCGGAUACACGUCAAAGAUUUGGAUUUGGAUGCCGUCAAUGAGAUUGUCUCCACCGUCACGCGACACACCAACAAACCCGAAACCACCGUACCUCUUUCCGAAGUCCUCUACAAAAAGACGGGUGGGAAUCCCUUCUCGGUCCUUCACACACUCGAAUAUUUGGAGCACGAACAACUCCUCUACUUUUCACUCUCCGAUUAUCAAUGGAAAUGGAAAAAUGUCCGCACCAUUCAUUCCGCCACCGAUCUCUCGGAUAGUAUCGUCGAUAUGGUCGCCAAGAAAUUCCAAAAAUUGCCCCAAGCCACACAACAAAUACUCAUGCUCGCAUCGUGUUUGGGCAGUUACUUUCGACUCGAAGUCAUUGCCGCGUAUUUUCGAAAACACAAUAGUGACAACUCGUAUCAUCAACAGGAUUUCGGUGCGGCCGUCAAGGAAUCGCAAGAAUUGUUUCGGGACAAAUGUAAUAGUGACGAAAAGAAAGAUGUCAUUCCCGAUGACGACGACGACGAUCAAUCCGUCAUGACGAUCAACGGAGCCGUUGCCAAACGAUCCAGUCUACUCGACACCAUGAUCAAGUUACUGGAACUACCACUCCAACAAGACAUGCUCACCAAACGACGCAAAUCAACAACCUAUUUCUUUGCCCACGAACGAUUGCAGGAAGUGGCAUACUCGUUAUUGCCCAAUGAUAAAAAUGGCAAAAAGACACGCAAGGAAAUACACUGGCGAUUGGGCAAGCUCAUGAAGGAAAAGAGUCUACAGUUCCCGGAAGAACAUUGGAUGGCAUAUCUCGCCACGGAUCAACUCAAUCGAGGAUUGAUAGUGCUGGAAAAUGCCGACGAGAAAGUCGAAUUGGCAUCCAUGAAUUUGCAAAUUGCUCUCAUGUCACAAGAGAAAUCGGCAUUUUGUCCGGCGGCAGAAUUCUUGCGCAGUGCCAUUCGAUUGCUUUUGGAUUCCGACAGCAACAACAACAGCAACAACAACAACAAUAGCAGUAGCAAGAAGCCAAGCGGCGUGGAAGAUCCCGUACCCAAACAAAAAGCCAAUCCGUCGCCGGCACCCACCAGUUUGUACUCGUGCAGUCGAGAGCAUCACAAACACGUUUGGGGGGAGCACUACGAUCUCUGUCUCGACUUGUUCAGUUCGUUGGCGGAAAUGGAAUACUUGCUCGGCAAUCACAAAGCUUCCAAAGAAGCCGUCGAAGAAGUGCUCAAUAAUGCAAGAGACGAAGAAGCCAAAUUCCGGGCACAGGUCAUUCUCAUUGACAGCAUUUCGGCGCAGCGGGAUUUUGAGAGUGCCAUUGAAACCUGCUUGAAAAUUCUGGCGGUCGCCCAUGACAUGAAACUCUCGGCGAAUCCCAUGAAGUUGCAAAUCAUGAACGAAAAGAAAAAAGUCAACAAAAUGCUCGAACAACAGAUUCAGUUGGAUGAAUCCAGAGGAUCGCUCGACUUUAACGACAGCAGUGCUUCCUUAGGUUCCUGGGCAAACUCGAGCUUUGGGUCCAUGCCGGGGUCUGCCCGGAGUAAUACUGCCGUGAGUUCCUCCGUCAACUCGAGACCCGUGCCCGUCCAGAGGGUCAAGUCACACAUCCCCGAAAGCUGGAGCUCCUCUGGUCACAAACCCAACGCGAUUGGACGUGUCAAGUCCGUGGGAGGCAAACCCAACAUUCCCAAGAACGAUUCGCGAUUCGGCGCCAACGUGCCCAAAAACGAAGGACGAUUCCGCAAGGCUGUGUCGUCCGAGGCCAGCAAGAUUACCAGUUUCUUUCACAAAAAGUCAGAAAAGGCCAUGAUGACAUUGCCCAAAAUGACAGACGAGAAGAACAUUCGCGUUUCCAAAUUGCUGAGUCAACUCAUGUUGAAUGCCAUUAUUUCUGGAAAGACGGAUUUGGCAGCUUACAUUGGACUCCGAUCCAUUCGCUUUUCCUUUCAACAUGGCAUUAGUCCACAUUCUCCCAUGGCACUGGCAGCGUAUGGGAUAUCCCAGGCCAAGGAGGGAAAGUACAAUGAGGCCUAUGCGAACGGGAUGCUGGCAUUGAAGCUCUUGGAUGUUGCCGACAGCAAGGAAUGGUACACCCGCACUAUAUUGAAAUGCCACAAUCUGCGUCACAUCAAAAAGCCAUUUCACGAGAGCCUCGAUCCAAUGAUGGAAGGCUAUCGUACGGGGGUUGAAUCAGGGGAUAUGGAAUACGCACUAGUUGCGGCAAUGCACUACUCGUUGAUCUACAUGUUCGUCGGUCUUCCCGUGGGACCUUUGGAGCAAGACCUCAUGGCCUUUGCUGAGCAAGUCCAUCGAUAUCACUUGCCAUACGUUUUGGAAGUGACCUUUUAUAUCUAUCGAGAAUUUCUGUUGGACUUGCAGGGAGAAGAACACGACAAAAUCCUUCUCGACGACUAUGGCAGCAGCAGCAACAUUGAUCCUAUGGAUCGCUCUAUGGAGAGUAACGUCAGUACAGCAUCGGUGGGACCGGUUGAAGCUUCCAAUGUUGACAAACGAGUGCGUCCGUUGGUGCAGCGGGAAAUGUGUGUCAUGAACAUUCAGAAGUACUACAUUUUCGGAGAGUUUGAAGAGGCUGAGAAAAUGAUGAAUCAGUUGGGUGAACUGCCAAAAUUUGACUACUCGGUCCUGCGAACAAUCAAUCGGGACGCCUUUUUCGGGCUGGUGAAUUUUGCAUUGGCCAAGUCCACGGGUAAAAAGAGGUACAGGGACCGUGGCCAAAAGAUCAUUGAGGAGUUCAAGACGUACGUCAAGAAUGGGUCGGUGAAUAGUCAUCACAUGCUGACGCUGUUGCAAGCAGAAGAUGCUGCGCUCAGCUCGACCGGUGAUUGGAAUGCCGUGACCAAGGGAUACGACGAAGCAAUCAGAUGUGCUGCCCGGGCUGGAUUUACGAACCACGAAGCAAUAGGCAAUGAACGCGCGGGUCGUUUCCUCGUGGGCGUGAAAGAAAACAACAAGAGGGCCAAAGAAGACGACGCGGUGGCGGAUCAAGCCAAGGCGUACAUCUCGCGAGCCAUGGCUCUUUACAGGGAAUGGGGUGCAACGGCCAAGGUGGAUCAGUUGGAGGAUCAGUUUCCGCAGCUGCAGCCGUCGAAGUUGAUGCAGGGAUCCAACAUGAAGGCUCGGCGUCGUUUUUCAAGGACGCUGACGGCUCGUUUCCGAGAUAUGAAGCUGCAUUCGGGGAGGUGGAGUGUGGGUGCCAGUAGCGAUCUAAAGAUUUUGGAUGGCUUUGACGACCUUCGAGGAGACCAAGAGAAACCUGACAAUGACAAUGGAAAAGCGAUUGAUCCUUACGGGUUCUCGAGAUGAGGAGGAGUCAACGACGCAGCUAGCUAGAUUGAUCACAAUAGUGUUCCGAACUAUUGUGUCUUGCGAACUAGACUUCCGCUCUGCUUUUCCGCAUUCCUAUCCGUACACCUACAGCUGUAGCUAGCCCACCGAGGUGACGCAUGACACAGUGAUAACGAUUGGUACCCAAGGGUUGUAUUCACCUGGUGGGUGGAGAAGCGGCAUUCCUUACGGAAGUGGAGGCACCCUCAGCUGCAACCGUGCCAACAAUAUCGGCGAUUCCAAGCUCAGAGCAAAUUGAGGCUAUCGAAGGGGCAUCCCCUCGACAGACGAUUUCUAAAGAAUAGUCUGGCUUCAGGCUGGUCAACCAGCUUUGGCUACCUAGCUAGCUAAAGCAGCACCCAGAUUCGAUCCGACUUCAAUCUGGUUUUCCAUUGGCUUGAACAAGGCAGGAUGGAAGGAAAUGAGCAGUCGUGGACCCACUGAAAGACGCCACGCACCGUGGUGAGGAGCCCUUUCAACAGGACGUUCGUUCCGGCUCGCUCUUCAAUCUCUACGGUAGAAUCGAAUCUAUCUGACCCACAGCCCAUACCAAGUGACCUCCAUUUGCGCAGCCUGGUCACGACCACCACUUGCCUGCCAGAGCUUGACCUAAAAUGGAUGCUACUAUGAUUAUGAACUACCAGCUAGUACGACUACAACUACUAUAAAGAUUGAAGCCAUGAUUUUUGUUGUUUGU